AUGGCAUCAAUACCAAACUACGUUUUCACACGCGACUACAUCGACAAUAAUAGGAUUAAUCUCCAACAUCAUCAGUGGACAGAACUUUUCGGAUACUUACUUCAUCCUCAGAUUCCUACAACCAACACCAACCUUCGUGUGGCAGACGUCGGCACUGGGACGGGGGCUUGGCUUACAAGCUUAGGCGCCAACUUGCCGUCUACGGCGCAAUUGGAUGGUCUAGAUGUGUCACUGCAAGCCACCCCGCCGGCCGAGUGGUUACCAGGAAAUAUCCGCUUCCGGCGAUGGGACAUCCGAGAAACCGUACCCGAAGAUCUUGUGGAGGCAUAUGAUGUCGUACAUAUACGCCUCCUCUCAUUCGUUCUCCACAAUGAAGAGAUCCCACAUAUCUUGCAGAAUGUUACCAAACUAAUCAAGCCCGGCGGUUACUUGCAGUGGGCCGAGGCUGAUGUUGCCUCAUUUCGUAUCGAGAAGACCAACCCUAAUAAUAGUACCGAGGCACUUACUCGACUUCUCAGCUUAUCUCAGGGUCAGGAUACACGACUUAAUCCUAAGUGGGUGCCGCAGCUUGCCGAGCUAUUCAGUAGCUCAGGGGGCCUGUGUAACGUCCAAGCCGAUGUAAGAGAUGCCCCCAACCAUUUGGCUCUAGCAAUGCACGAAUGCAACUUGUUGGUACACGAACUGCUUGCUAGGACCACAAAAAUCGAAUCAUAUGCAAAAGAGCUGGAGGACUUGAUGCCACGCGUCGCUGCUGAGACCAGAGAAGGGGCCUGUUGGGCAUUUACUAGAUGGACAGUUGUGGGAAUGAAACCCUUGGUUCCAUAA